AUGGACCUACACGAGGUACAGUCGCAUGUCACGUACUGGCUCCAUCAGGCGGCCAUCGCCUUUCAGAAGGUGCCUGGAUCGGCCGUCAUCAUCCGCUAUGUGCGCUCCAGCUACCAGAACGACCCGAUCCGCUCGGCUAUCGAGCUGAUUCUCUUCAUCUUCUUCAUCCGCUACUUGCUGUCGCCCAGCUACAAGACCGAUAAGCAGAACUAUGUCCAACUGACCGAGGAGGAAAUUGAUGAGCUGGUCGAGGAGUGGCAGCCCGAGCCGCUGGUGCCUGCGCCGACGCCGCAGCAGGAGGCCGAGAUGGAGAAGGUACCUGUGAUUGUUGGCCCAACGGGCCCAAAGGUCAAGCUGGUCAACGGCAAGACUGUCAUCAACCUUGCGUCGUACAACUUCUACAACUUCAACGCCAAUGAGCAGAUCAAGGAGAAGGCCAUUCAGACCCUCCGCACCUAUGGUGUUGGUCCCUGUGGCCCGCCGCAGUUCUACGGUACCCAAGACGUCCACAUGAAGACCGAGGCCGAUAUCGCCAACUAUCUUGGCACCGAGUCUUGCCUUGUCUACGCACACUCCUUCUCGACCAUCACCAGCGUUAUCCCGGCCUUCUGCAAGCGUGGCGAUAUUAUCGUCGCUGACAGGGGCGUCAACUUCCCAAUUCGUCGGGGUCUCGAGAUCUCUCGUAGCGUCAUCCGCUGGUACAAUCACAAUGAUAUGCAGGACCUCGAGCGUGUCAUGCAGAAGAUCGUCAAGGAACAAGCUGGCAAGAAGCUCACUCGGCGGUUUAUCGUAACGGAAGCUCUCUUCGAGACCACUGGCGACAUGACUGAUCUCCCCAAGCUGGUUGAGCUCAAGGAGAAGUACAAGUUCCGUAUCAUGCUCGACGAGACCUGGUCCUUCGGUGUCCUUGGUCGCACUGGCCGCGGCUUGACUGAAGCGCAGAACGUUGACCCGACCCAGAUCGAUGUUAUUAUCGGCUCGCUUGCUGGUCCUCUGUGCGGUGGCGGUGGCUUCUGUGCCGGCACUAAGGAUGUCGUUGAGCAUCAGCGUAUCUCGUCAACGGCCUUCACCUUUUCUGCUGCCCUUCCCGCUAUGCUUGCAACAACCGCCAGCGAGUGCAUCAACCUUCUCUCGUCCAACCCCGAGAUCCUUACUCAAUGCCGCGAGAACAUUCGUGUCCUGCGUGCCCAGCUGGAUCCCAAGAGCGAAUAUGUCGUCUGCACCAGCGCGCCCGAGAACCCUAUCCUCAUCCUGGUCAUCAAGCCUGAGGUUGUCAAUGCCCGGAGAUUGACCGUUGAGGAUCAGGAGAGGCUGCUAGGAGAAUGUGUUGAUGAGGCUCUUGCCAACGGCGUCUUGAUCACUCGUCUCAAGGGCCAGCCUAUUGCCAACCACACCGCCCUCAAGGACGGCGACUACGUCCCUCAGCCGGCCCUUAAGGUGUGCGUGACUGCAGCCUUGUCGAAGAAGGAAAUCGAGAAGGCCGGCAUCACGAUCCGCCAUGCUAUCACCAAGGUCAUGACCCGCAAGACGAACAACAAGCUUAACGUUCCGGUAGCUUGA